UUUCAGGAUCAAGCAGAACAGUUCUUUAAAAGUGGACAUACAAAUAACUGGGCAGUUUUGGUAUGUACAUCUCGAUUCUGGUUCAAUUAUCGUCAUGUGGCAAAUACUCUCUCAGUGUACAGAAGUGUCAAGAGACUGGGCAUUCCCGAUAGUCACAUUGUCCUCAUGCUGGCAGAUGACAUGGCAUGUAAUCCCAGAAAUCCCAAACCAGCUACUGUGUUUAGUCAUAAAAACAUGGAGCUAAAUGUCUAUGGAGAUGACGUGGAAGUGGAUUACAGAAGCUAUGAGGUUACUGUUGAAAAUUUCUUGCGUGUAUUAACAGGAAGAAUCCCACCAAGCACACCACGAUCUAAACGUCUUCUUUCUGAUGACAGAAGCAAUAUUUUAAUAUAUAUGACAGGCCAUGGUGGAAAUGGUUUCCUAAAAUUUCAAGAUUCUGAAGAAAUCACAAAUGUAGAGCUGGCUGAUGCCUUUGAACAAAUGUGGCAGAAAAGAAGGUACAAUGAACUGUUGUUUAUUAUUGAUACUUGUCAAGGAGCAUCCAUGUAUGAGCGAUUUUAUUCACCUAAUAUAAUGGCCUUGGCUAGCAGCCAAGUAGGAGAAGAUUCUUUAUCACAUCAACCUGAUCUUGGGAUUGGCGUUCAUCUUAUGGACAGAUACACAUUCUAUGUGCUAGAGUUCUUGGAAGAAAUUCAUCCAGCCAGUCAGACAAAUAUGAAUGACCUAUUUCAGGUUUGUCCAAAAAGUUUGUGCGUUUCCACACCUGGGCACCGAACUGAUCUCUUUCGGCGAGACCCUCAAAAUGUUCUGAUAACAGACUUCUUUGGCAGUGUGAGAAAGGUGGAAAUUACAAGAGAGACAAUUUCUUUGGACCGUGACAUAGCUGGAUUUGAAAGAAA